CUGACAGUGAGUAGCAACAUUCGGGAAAUAAAAUCUAAAUAAAUAAAGGGCAACACCGUUUCCGACUUCCGGCUGUCAGCUGAUAGAUUCCCUAUUGCUUUCCAAAACCUAUUUCGAUUUUCGCAAAGAAAGAAUACGUCAGGCACCAUUCAACAUGGGCUUGAAAUACGCGAUCAAAAGCUAGUUAUAGCUGAAAUAUUGCUCUAAUUGUAGCGUUAUUGUUAUUAUAGUUUCAUUUUACAUGUACGUUGUGUAACUUUAUUAGUAGAAAAUGGAUACGUUCAACAUAGGAUACUUCGGUUAUGGCGUUUGUUGAUCAUUAAAAAAUUACGUUCGGUUCAUAGUUUUUCUUUAUAUUUGAUGUCAGCUUUUCGUUUGUGAUCGUCUGUUUAGUUCGUGUUUACGUGUUUAAUGUAAAAAUGGUGAAGGAGAAGCCUAACUCGAUUCGGAUUUACGACGACGAGGGAUUUAGACGUCGCGCGGCGUGUAUCUGCGUUCGUUCUGACGCCGAAACAGAGGUGCUCCUGGUGACAUCGUCGCGACGUCCUGACAACUGGAUAGUACCCGGUGGCGGCGUCGAGCCCGAAGAAGAGCCCUCAGUGACCGCUAUGCGCGAGGUGCUCGAAGAAGCCGGAGUCAUCGGCAAGCUGGGUAGAUGCCUCGGGGUUUUCGAGAACCGAGAGCACAAGCACCGGACGGAGGUGUACGUGAUGACGGUAACGCAGGAGCUGGCGGAGUGGGAGGACUCGCGGCUGAUGGGCCGCAAGCGGCAGUGGUUCUCGAUAGACGACGCGCUGGCACAGCUGGCGCUGCACAAGCCCAUCCAGCGCCACUACAUCCAGCAACUGCGGCGCUCCAAACAGAACAAACCCGACGACCCCGGCAGCUAAGCGCCGCCCCGCCUAGGUUAAGUCAGCCCGGAACUGAAUCGAGCCGCGUCGCCGCGCGGCGCCCCGUCGCGUUGGGCUUCAUUACGACGGCGACGCCACAACACGUAUAACAUCUCCUUUUUUCUAUUUUUACGUAUAUUUUUAUACUACAAUGGAAUAAAUGUUAAUUUUAUUUUGUUAGCAUUAAAACGAAAAGACAUACAAGCUCUAUUUUUAUUUAAAAUUUAAAAUAAUCUGGUUUUUAUAGUCCUGAAUGAAAUGAGUUUUAAAAUAAAUUUUAUAUUGCUCUUCUGUAAAGUUUUUGUUUGGUGCACGAUGGUUACCCAAAUAUUUACCUUGCGAAGCAACACGCUCUGAUUUUAAACGUUCGACAAAAACUGAUUGACGUAUUUUGUAAUCCUAUUCGAAUAGUUAGAAGCCAACACACGUCAUCAAAUUGACACAAACUGAAUUCCAAUGCAUAUAUUACUCUUAUAAAAGAUGAGUCCAUGGACAUGUAGUUACAUUCUGGUGAUGCUAGCUAGGAACACCCAGACACUGAUCACAUUGUUAGGGUAGGCGCACACCUCCACGCCGAGCGCGAACUCCACGUUAGGGUCAUCACUCAGGUGCAACCCUGUGCUCUUGAUGGCAGAUAUUACAGACUUUGUGUUAACAUACGCCAAGUUUAGAGGAAACCCGAAUAUCUUAAAUGUAACCAUUAAAUGUUUGAGCUUCUGGCUGAAACUGGGCUUGGGUCCUGUGGGGUUGAACACCCAGUACUCCCACUGAAGUAGCAUGUCACGUAACAACGUGCUGCAGUACCUGUUCCAAAUAGUCUUCAUAUGAGACCUCCACUUUUGGACUUUACUCUUGAUCUUCGUCUCCAGCGCACUCCUUAACCCCUCCACAUUAGGUGGGGUAGAGUACAGCGCACUGUCUGUCACUACCGGCUGCUUCAUCACGAACACAUUUUUGUCGAAAACAGCUUGCCAGUCAGACGAUUUGGUGAAAUCAAACGACAUAUUCUCACAAUCUUGGGACGAUUGUACAUUCACCCAUAUAUUUUCAUUAUCAAACACAUAAUCAACAGUCUUCAGAGGACAGCCGACAUCUCUCAGCUCGUACCGCUCCCCGCUACUGGCAUCACAUACAUACCACGUAUACCCAUCAGACUUAUUCAGAAAACCUCUACUCCUGAACAGCUGGUCGUUUUCCAGGACUAUCCUCCUUGUAGUCAAGUCAUACUUGAUGAGAACGAAGCGACUGUGACCUCGAGGUAGGCCUAGGCCAAUGGCCACCCAGCACUUGAUGCCCAAGUAUAUGAAGUAGCUGGCUAAAAGGAUGGUGUGGUCCAAUGGCGAGCCGUGAAGUACUUUUAGCAGUUCAAGCCCCAGCAGCGUAACGGCAUGAGACUCCGUGACCUCGUAGCUGGGUAUCAGUGACACGUAUCGCAUGCACGCGUUCAUCAUCCUCGCGAGACUGUCACCCUCACGAGCGCUGUACACUGACUCCCUCUCUCUUGACUUACUCUAUCUAAAUCCAACUCUUUCCGUCUUCCACUUGAGGACGAACUUUUGAAAAUCCAGAAGACUUCGAGAUAGCAGAGUCUCCUCUUGGAUUCUUCGGGAUGAAGUCCCUCUCGGGUAAAGGUAUCGGCUGCAGAAACUGGGUGACGCAUUUAUUCCUACCCAUGCUAUCUAUAAAAGUCAAAGAAAUAUUCCGCAUCGGAAAUUCGUUUGUGUAUUCUGUUACAAAAUUGUUCAAAUGUUUGAUCAAAUAAUCGUCUUCUAUUGAGCUUGGCAGCGGCUGGUUGUAAGCGUGCAAUCCUCCCAAAUGUGAGAGGCUACUUGUUAUUUCUAACGUAAUGUAUGCGGUGUCUUUCUUCAAGAGCUGUGUUAUUUCUGGGAUUAGCGAUGUUGACUCCUUCGUUUGGAGGGUUUCGUAACCAAACAAGAGUGGCGGGCUCGUGAUCUUGAAUGUGCCCCGAAGAGUGCCCAAAGUCAAGACGGCAUACAUCGGUAUCUCGAGAGUGCCAAGCCACUUGUUGUAGUACCGGUAGUGGACGGUCUUGUUGGAGUGGUCCUCCUCUGGAAACCCUUCUACUAUGUUCGCUUUGUACUCGUCGUAAAUGUUUACGUGGAGGGAGGAGAGUGGGUCUAGUUUAGUGUUAAUCUUGAGGGUAUGACUCCAGGACGGGUGGCAGCCGAUAGCUGUGACAGUCUGAGCUGAUGCUCCUCUAUAGUUCACUCGAACGAACGGCCUUAGUGGUCUCAUCUUAAAACCUGCAAUCUUAUCUUCGUCCUCAGAUGCCUCGUCAAGCAUAGUGCAAGUCCGGUCGAGUAAAUUGAAUGCCCUCAACACAGUCACAUGGAUCUCCUGAUCUUUGCUCAGUGACUCUUUCAGGAUCUGCUGCUUCGUAGAGUUUGAUGCUGUCGCCAGUGCUCCAACGUCCGAUUGAUAGGAAAAAAGACUUCUAGAAAAUGAAUUGG